AUGCGAUCGAAGAACAUGAAGCACAUGACAGGGAAAUCGCAGUUGACACAUCUACGGUGUUGCAAGAUAUCAAAGAGCAUUGACAGUUGCAUUCUCGGCGAUAUGGGCCUCUGUGAACCUGUUUCAAUCCUGCGCCGAGGCAGAAGGAAGGCGAGACUACAGGCAUCUAUGGGACUGCAGCCGAAAGUGAUCCAGGUGUUGUUUCUGGUACUGAUGGUUGUGGCUGAACCGUUUCUUCGCUGUGCCGCUGCUGCGGCUGGUGGCAUGAUCCCCCGAACGAGAAUGGCCACGCCUGCAGCUGGAAAUGAUCCCUUGGUGACACUCACGAACUGCUUUCCCAGCGUAAUCCUCGGUGGUUUGCUCAACACCUACAUGUGCGAAGUUAACGACGCUCAACCACUGAUUGACUUGAACCUCUCCGCCUCGUACUACACCUCAGUCCUCAUUCCUGAAUGGCCGGCGACUCUUGAUGCGAAAGCCAAUACCAUUACAUUCAUGCCUAAUCGUGGGGCACCUUCAGGACGUUGGGAAUUGGUCAUAACACGUGUUUCUGACGAUGGAAACUCUGACACUCCUCUGACGACCAAUAAGACCAUGGNAUUAACAAACGUUCCUCUGACGACCAAUAAGACCAUGGACUUCAUGGACAUCCGUGCGACCCAUGCGGAUUUUGCUACACUCUAUCCAUAUUACGGUAUGAUCGUCUCGUGGACACCCAAUCUUCCGAGUGGCAUCACGGCUUCCGACUACAUGCUGGUCCGCUCUUUCAGCGACUGCCAGUACACCACUACAACCUGCACUGACACUGUUGGGUGCCACAAAAUGCUGCCACCCACACAUCUUCCCCCUCCAGGCAUCUACUCGCUCUGUGUGACGUCAAAUGGCUGGAAUGACAAAUACCUUCCGUGGGGUGUGGAAUCUCUUGAGGUGAAGCUGCUGUUGGCCACGCCGCUGUACUUGACAGCUGGUA